ACUGGUGAAGAUGGAAUUCACUUCUUCCAAAUCUAUUAGCAAAUACUUACCACAUGACAAACAAAAAUGCAGCCAACCAAAACAAACAUAUUUCUUUAUUUGGUAGCCAUUUUGGUGAAUUUAUUAAGUUUUUCGAUUGGAGUUUCAAUUACUUGGAUAACGUCUGUGAUUCCUAAAGUAGACGGGAGUACAAUAACUGACGAUAAUCCAUUUGGGCGACUUCUUACAGCUUCCGAAAUUUCCUGGAUUGCUGGAUUUCUGCCCCUAGGUGCAGCAAUCGGUCCUCUGGCAGUCGGAAAAAUCUCCGAUAAAAUAGGAAGAAAGAAGAGUCUUUUGAUACUAGGUUGCGUUAACAUUUUAUCUUUAGUGAUAACAGUAUUUGCUAAACAGACUGUUUUAUUUUAUAUUUCUCGGUUCUUGGCAGGUGUAGUUCUUGGUAGCAGUUACAGUGUUAUUCCAGUGUUCAUGGCAGAAAUUUCAGAAAACCAUAAUCGUGGUGCAUUAGGUUGUUCAGUUGGUAUUUUUGUAGCAAUUGGCAUGAACUUUGCUUUAGUGGCUGGUCCCUAUUUAUCUAUUUCUGUCUAUUCUUUACUUUGUAUUUCUCCACUACUCAUUUUUGUCCCAGGCUUUUUUAUUUUAAGUCCUGAAACGCCAUGGUAUCUAGCUGCCCGUAACGACGAAAAACGUUUAACAAAAAGUUUGUUAAAGCUAAGAAACAAAACUGUAGAAGAAAUUCACUUGGAAAUGACCAGUAUUUUAGAAGUAGUGGUUGAGAAUGAGACAGCUGCCAAAGCUGGAGUACGAGAUUUAUGUACCAAUAACACUUUACGGAAAAGUUUGUUAAUCUGUUUAGUGAUAAUCUGUUUGCAACAGUGUGGUGGAAUUGCAGCAGUUCUUAUAUACAUGCCAAAAAUUUUUGAAGCUGCUAAAACUAAUCUUGCUCCUGAAAUUUGUGCCAUAAUUGUAGGUGUGUUUCAAGUAUUUGGCACCAUUGUCUCAUCUGUUGUUGUAGAUCGUCUAGGUCGCCGGAUUUUACUUCUUGUAUCUUCUGUUUUUACGUGUUUGACUCUAGUUACACUAGGACUUUAUUUUCGUUUGAAUCUAUCUGACGUGGUGUGGUUGUCAUGGCUUCCACUUUUUAGUCUUGUGGUGUAUAUUUUUACUUUUAAUGUAGGUUUAGGUCCUGUGCCUUGGGUUGUAAUGUCAGAAUUAUUUCCUUCCAAUUUUACUUCUAUUGCCGCUGCUCUUACAAGUAGUACCUGCUUUAUGAACACGUUCAUCGUCACAGUUACGUUUCCAUAUUUGUCUACAUUUCUAGGUAUGGCAAAUUGUUUCUUUCUUUUUACUGUAGUUACAAUAUGUGGUGCUAUAUUUAUUUAUAUGGUACUGCCAGAAACUAAAGGGAAGAGUUUACAAGAAAUACAAAAACUUUUAGGCAGUUGUGGAUAAUUAGAUAAAAUAUUGUCUCGUUGUUUGAGGUUUUGUGUUUACUUCUAAUAUCUUUAGGUGCUAGAUUAAACGUAGAUAUUUAGUUUAACAUGUACUGUAUAUGAAGAAAAUACAU